CAUUGCAUCUUGAAUCACAGUGAGUCUCGCAAUUUUUUCCUUUUAAAUACUGAAAAGUGCAAAGAAAUCCAGGUAGGACGGAUUGUCAGUAUAAAAAGUAUAAGCACCCCUUCCGGUGUCGCCAGACCUUGAACCUAAAAGAUCAUUUGUCUCUGGACAAGAAUACGGUUCUAUUCCGAUGAAAAUCAUGGCGCUAUUUCAUCCCCUUUCUCUUCCAAUCAAAACCCUAGCUACCUUAAAAUAGUGUGUAAUGCUCUACUUCUUGUACGGCUUCUUUCUUAAUAAUGGAAUAAAGGUUUUAAUUUGCAUAGAUUGAGACAUUUUGAAACCUAGGGUUACCUUUGAUUUGGCGAUAGAGUGAUUGGGGAAAAUGAAGGAGUUCAUAGGGAGUCCAGGAACAGUGAGCGGCCUAGUAUUAAGAAUUGGGCAAUGUGCAUUUGCCGCUGCUUCUAUUGGAAUUAUGGCCUCUGCCAGUGGCUUCUCCAGCUAUACUGCUUUCUGCUAUUUAAUUGCUUCAAUGGGGCUUCAAGGUCUGUGGAGCUUUGGACUUGCAUGUCUUGAUGUUUAUGCUUUGAGGAGAAAGAGAGAUCUUCAAAACCCUGUCCUAGUGAGCCUGUUUGUUGUGGGAGAUUGGUGCUGGUGCUUAUGGGAUCAAGAUCCAAUUAUCCCUCCUAGACUUGGCCUGGAUGAGAUAAACGCAGUUGAUGCAUGGAAAGGUAUAAAGGAAAGUUCUUUCAAGGUGACAGCAACGUUAUCACUUGCCGCUGCAUGCUCAUCCGCAGGCGUUGUCGUUUUAUAUGCAAAAGACUUGAAAAUUUGUAAAUCCCAAAUAAAUCUCCCAUGUAACAGGUUUGAGAUUUCCAUACUUUUUGGUUUUCUCACGUGGCUACUUAUUAGCAUAUCAUCUCAUGUGAUGUUCUGGAUCCUAGCCUCUGUCUAGUUAACUCGUGUGUCCUUGCUCUAGAGUUAUUGAAUACACAUGAUGGUUUCUUUUCCUUCA